GUCUGCGUUGGCAUCAUUUUGACGCAUUCAGCGACCACCUUCAGCCUUGCAGCAACUCACGGCGACAAAUGCGUGAAGCUGAGCUACAUAACCCCUCGAGUUCAGCAAGUGUUGCGACUGCUGAAUGCAAUGAUAUUCUCGAGGCUUUUCUCCAGGACAUGAGCGCUCUUGAUCAACGCGAGCUCAGACUGACGGCGACUGCAUCAACGGCCAAAGUAUCACGUCCAUCGUCCGUAUCAGCUCCAAGGAGUAGACAACUAACGCGAGCUCAAGAUCGAAAUACUCUCGAGACUGCAGCCACGAGGACAGUCAAGAAGAAGCGAUUAAAUCCGUCGUGGAUUAAGCGUAAGCGGGAACUGGAGGCUCUACGGGAAGAAACGGAAGCAUUAAAGACUCGAGUGGAAUUUCUGCGGAUGAAGGGCAUCCCGGCUACAACGCCGAGAGUCAAUGGACCUGUGACUUUGGAGCUGAAAGAAUCUCUUGAGAAAGAGAGGCAGCAUUGCCAAGCUGCUCUGGAAGAAAAUUAUUUGCUGAAAAACAGACUACAAGACUACGUGAAUCUUUCAGGACACUUACAGACUGUCCUUACUGCUGCUGCACAACAGAAGAACCAACUAAUCACUAUGAGCUUCUCAGCUGCAAGGAAUCUUCGCAUGGAACCCGGAGCAGGAUAUCAACUACGCCUCGCGAGUCCAAGCGUCUUUGAUAUGCUAGAAGAGCGAGUAAACACGCGAUUCCGAGAGCUUGAGGCCUCUCUCAAUGACACUUCGCAACACGUAUCAUCAGUCGAUACAGAACUCAUUCAAGUCUACAACAAAAAUGGGGAUAGAAAUAUGGGAACAGUGGAGUUUAAGCGUGCCCAAUUGCUACCAUUCCAAGAGACUGCGAUCUCUGGUAUUAUCUGGUCGAUUGUCGAGAUGGGCGGGUUUCCUGACGGCCAUGAUUCGCGUAUUAUUCGACGCUCCGAGGACGUUUACGCGAUGGACUCACGGUUGACCGUUUGUCUAGAUAACGGGGACUCUGUGAGUAUGAACACGCAUAGUGUGAUGAAGCGCUUCCUGACUACAACCGGGACAGUCUUGUUGCUAGAGUCGAAUUCCGACUGGACGGCUGACCUCGAAGACUCCGGCUCGUGGGUGCAAACUACAGAUGAAGGAGGCUGCUUCGUUAUACGCAGUUAUGGCAUCAAUGGGAGUCGUGAUCCCAGCGAUAUCUCGCAGCUUCACUCUGAGCUGACCCUGAGGCCCAGUGAUCCAUCAGAAAAUGCUAGACGCACGGUGAAUGACGUUGUGAUUCCUUCUUUUCGUGAGAUUGUCGAGUCUCGCCACCAGUUCGUAGAAAACGCCUUGUUCGAUUGCUUAAGAACCACCAGGGUUGCUUGAAAUGCCAGUUGCGAGUGCUGGUAGAGUGUUCAUUAAAGUGUUUGGCUGUUGGCCGCAUCUCGCGAUAAGCUGGACAUGUGAGCUGAAAACUUGAAAAACUCGCCGUAAGUGUUGUUUUCCAUGCAGCUAUUAUGUCCAGAAGCCCAGAUUUGCACCAAGUUUGAUGACGUUCCACGCGAUGCUCUUCAGCGCUAGGUGGGCUUAAGCGAAUGUACGUGAACUCUACUACAGAAGUAGAACUCGGUCUUGCUGGAAAACAUGAACUUGAUCGAUGUUGGCCUUGAAAGUCUGACUGUCGCGGAGAACAGUGCCCAAUUUAAUGAAGCCUACGGCACUCAAAUUUGACAAUAACAAAAAUCGGAUCAGCUAACUCAAAUUUGUUGAAUUGUAGCUGAUCCGAUUUUUGUAAUUGUCAGGCCCUGCACCAGUAAUAUGACUUGAGUGUGAAGUGAUCC